ACACUUCCUGACGGUCUCCAGCUCCUCGCUCUCCAGUGAUCCUGUCCCAUCCGCCUGGACAGCUGCCGAAAGAGACCUUUUGUUAUUCAAAUCACACCCUCCUCCCCCCUGAGCUCCCAGGGACCUCAGGGUCCCGGAAUCUAUCGCUGGGUGUCCUCACCUCUUGCGGCGGAUCUCGGGGUUUCCCGGGCCCUCCCCUCAACCGCACAUUCUCCAGCUCCACCGAGGGACCGCGCCUCCCCCGCCGGCGCCCUUCCCCUCCCCUCCUCUCCCCUUCCAUUCCCUCCCCUCCCUGCCCCGCCCCCGCCGUGCUCCGUCCAGCCGCGGUGCGGCCGGCCACCACCAGGGCCCCCGUCGGCCGCUGUUGCCAGCAAGCAGCAUGGCACCCCCGGGGCUGCAGUAGUCGCCACCAGCCUUCACUGGGAGGGGGUACCCGGUAUCUCCCGGGGUGUGGGGAGGACACCCUAUCGCUUCGGCCAUGGAUGUGAACAAGAUGACGGUCAGCGUCAAUAAGGCCAUUAAUACGCAGGAAGUGGCCGUGAAGGAAAAACAUGCCAGGACGUGUAUUCUGGGCACCCACCAUGAGAAAGGGGCGCAGACCUUCUGGUCUGUGGUCAACCGACUGCCUCUCUCCAGCAACGCCAUGCUGUGCUGGAAGUUCUGCCACGUGUUCCACAAACUCCUUCGAGACGGACAUCCGAACGUGCUGAAAGACUCUCUCAGAUACAAAAAUGAGUUAAGCGACAUGAGCAGGAUGUGGGGCCACCUGAGUGAGGGGUAUGGACAGCUCUGCAGCAUCUACCUCAAACUGCUGAGAACAAGGAUGGAGUACCACACCAAAAAUCCCAGGUUCCCAGGUAACCUCCAGAUGAGCGACCGGCAGCUGGAUGAAGCUGGGGAAAGUGAUGUUAACAACUUUUUCCAGCUCACAGUGGAGAUGUUUGAUUACCUGGAGUGCGAACUGAACCUCUUUCAAACUGUGUUCAACUCCUUGGACAUGUCCCGCUCAGUGUCCGUGACCACAGCUGGCCAGUGCCGCCUCGCCCCGCUCAUCCAGGUCAUCCUGGACUGCAGUCACCUCUAUGACUACACUGUCAAGCUGCUCUUCAAGCUCCACUCCUGUCUUCCAGCUGACACCCUGCAGGGCCACCGAGACCGCUUCAUGGAGCAGUUCACAAAGUUGAAAGAUCUGUUUCAGCGCUCCAGCAACCUUCAGUACUUCAAGCGGCUCAUUCAGAUCCCCCAGUUGCCUGAGAAUCCACCCAACUUCCUACGAGCCUCGGCCCUGUCCGAGCACAUCAGUCCUGUGGUGGUGAUCCCGGCUGAGGUGUCGUCUCCAGACAGUGAGCCCGUCCUGGAGAAGGAUGACCUCAUGGACAUGGAUGCCUCCCAGCAGAGUUUGUUUGACAACAAGUUUGAUGACAUCUUCGGCAGCUCGUUGAGCAGUGACCCCUUCAAUUUCAACAAUCAAAAUGGCGUGAACAAGGAUGAGAAGGACCACUUGAUUGAACGCCUCUACAGAGAGAUCAGUGGACUGACAGGACAGCUGGACAACGUGAAGAUUGAGAGCCAGCGGGCCAUGCUGCAGCUGAAGGGUCGCGUGAGUGAGCUGGAAGCAGAGCUGGCCGAGCAGCAGCACCUGGGACGGCAGGCUACGGAUGACUGCGAGUUCCUGCGCACGGAGCUGGAUGAACUGAAGAGGCAGCGAGAGGACACUGAGAAGGCGCAGCGCAGCCUGACUGAGAUAGAAAAAAAGGCCCAGGCCAAUGAACAGCGGUAUAGCAAGUUAAAAGAGAAGUACAGUGAACUGGUGCAGAACCAUGCUGAUCUGCUGCGGAAGAAUGCAGAGGUGACCAAGCAGGUGUCUGUGGCCCGGCAAGCCCAGGUGGAUUUGGAAAGAGAGAAAAAAGAACUAGCGGAUUCCUUUGCACGUGUAAGCGAGCAGACCCAGCGGAAGACUCAAGAGCAACAGGAUGUUCUAGAGACCCUGAAGCACGAACUGGCCACCAGCAGGCAAGAGCUGCAGGUCCUCCAUGGCAACCUGGAAACCUCUGCCCAGUCUGAGGCGAAAUGGCUAACGCAGAUCGCGGAGCUGGAGAAGGAACAAGGCAGUUUGGCGACAGCCGCCGCUCAAAGAGAGGAAGAGUUCUCAGCCCUCCGAGACCAACUGGAAAGCACCCAGCUCAAACUGGCUGGUGCCCAGGAUUCCAUGUGUCAGCAGAUAAAGGACCAGAGGAGAAUCCUCUUGGCAGGGGCCAGGAAGGCUGCGGAGCUCGAGAUACAGGAGGCCCUGGGCCAGCUUGAAGAGCCUGCCCUCCUCAUCAGCUGUGCAGGAGCCACAGAUCAUCUUCUCUCCAAAGUCAACUCCGUUUCCAGCUGCCUCGAGCAACUGGAAAAGAGCCGCAGCCAGUAUCUGGCCUGCCCAGAAGAGAUCAGUGAGCUUCUGCACUCAAUAACCCUGCUUGGCCACUUGACCAGUGACACCAUCAUUCAGGGGACUGCCACCAGCCUCCGGGCCCCACCAGAGUCAGCCGACUCUCUGACGGAGGCCUGUAGGCAGUAUGGCAGAGAAACUCUGGCCUAUCUGUCCUCCCUAGAGGAAGAGGGGGCCAUGGAAAAAGCUGACACCACAGCCAUAGCGAACUGCCUCGGCAAGAUCAAGACCAUUGGCGAGGAACUGCUGCCCAGGGGCUUGGACAUCAAGCAGGAAGAGCUGGGUGACCUGGUGGACAAGGAGAUGGCAGCCACUUCAGCUGCCAUUGAAGCUGCCACCACCCGGAUAGAGGAAAUUCUCAGUAAGUCCCGAGCAGGAGACACGGGAGUCAAGUUGGAGGUGAACGAGAGGAUCCUUGGCUCCUGUACCAGCCUGAUGCAAGCUAUCAAGGUGCUCGUUGUGGCCUCCAAGGACCUCCAGAAGGAGAUAGUGGAAAGCGGCAGGGGUACCGCAUCCCCUAAAGAAUUUUACGCCAAGAACUCUCGGUGGACAGAAGGGCUCAUAUCUGCCUCCAAAGCUGUUGGUUGGGGAGCUACCAUCAUGGUGGAUGCUGCUGACCUUGUGGUCCAAGGCAAAGGGAAGUUCGAGGAGCUGAUGGUGUGCUCGCAUGAGAUUGCCGCUAGCACAGCCCAGCUUGUGGCUGCAUCCAAGGUGAAAGCGAACAAGGGCAGCCUCAAUCUGACCCAGCUGCAGCAGGCCUCUCGGGGAGUGAACCAGGCCACGGCCGCUGUGGUGGCCUCAACCAUUUCCGGCAAAUCUCAAAUUGAGGAAACAGACAGUAUGGACUUCUCAAGCAUGACACUGACCCAGAUCAAGCGCCAGGAAAUGGAUUCCCAGGUUAGGGUGCUGGAGCUAGAAAACGACCUGCAGAAGGAGCGCCAGAAACUAGGAGAGCUUCGGAAAAAACACUACGAGCUGGCUGGUGUUGCUGAGGGCUGGGAAGAAGGGACAGAAGCAUCACCUUCUGCUGUUCAAGAAGCGGUGCCGGACAAAGAGUAGAGCCAAGCCAGCGCCCCACACAUCAGAAUGUAAAUCCUUGUUUCCCUUCUGUGACACUCCCCACCGUGGCACACCGGGUCCUUGUAGGCCUCUCCAGUGACAAAAGCUGAAGGCCAUCGAUCGGGUGUCCUCGUGACACCACCUAUGUUUGCAUGCAUGAUGAGUUCUUCCCCUAUGUCCCUGGCAUACAAGGCAGACCAGGGUCAGCCAUGAGUAAGCUCAGGUUCACAGAAAAAACAGCGACAUGGCCAACCUGUCUUGCCCAGUAUCCGCCUCCUCACCGGUCGCGUCCUUAGGGAGGCGUCUUGUCUCACUGGGAGCUUGGAGAGGGGACAUCUUACAACUGUUCUUUCUCCGCCUCCUCAGCCCUUUGCAUUUUGUCCUUUCCACAAACUUGUGAGCAUCCGAACUCCGCUGGACCCCAAACCAGACGGCCGGUCUGAAUCCACUGUUGGGAGGGGCACGAAGGAAGGCCGGCCUCCACGCCACGCUUUUGACAGCUCCAUGGGUCCCCCUUACCCCGAACGAUGGCUCGUUUGGGUCUUUUGGUUUCCUGUUUUUAAAGUUUCACACAGCCAACUUUCCCAAAAAAAAGAAAAAAAAAAAAGGGUUCCACCCCCCACCCCAGCCCUACCCUGAGCUCUGAGCCUUCUGAGAGGAAGCCCCGCUCUCACGCCACACGCCCGGUAUGGCUCAGGCUUCGCUUUGGUGCUUCAGCUCAGCGUUUCCGUCAGCCAGGGCUACUCCCUGGGGUGCCAGCUCUCCUCGGAAGUCGGAAGCUGAGCCAGUGCCUUUACUUUCAGACCUGGAUGCCAGCCCCGAGGCCUCUGUCCGCCUUCACAAGCCAGGGAGCACCAGAGUUGAAAGAAAAGAAAAUGGUGCCAGGGGCCCAGCUGUUCAGGGGACGUUUUUCUUAGGAGCUCCCGUCACCAGGUUCACCCCCUGUCACAUGCUGGAAUGGAGCCGGUGUGAACAGCAACACUACAUCCCCAGAGUGAACUUGCCAGGCCAUGUCACUUGGGGUCACCUCCUGUCCAACCUAGGCAAGGCCCCAAGAGGGCUGAAUAUAAAGGAACUAAAAGUGGUUCCUCCUCCGUCUGCCUCCUUCUGCAUCCUACUGAACCAGAAAAAGAUGGUUCCGUGUGCUACUUAACCCAGCAGGCCCGCAAGUUCAGCCCCACUUGCUCCCAUCGGGAAACAAACUCAGCUUGGUGUAAGACUUCAUAUUUAUUACUAACAAUCUUUACGCAGCACCUGCCCCAGAGAUGCUUGGAGCAAUCAAGGGAGUGCUCUCUGCCAUCAGUCUUCACAGAUCACAGAGCCUGCCAUCCCUGGGCAUUCCCGGGCUUGGAUUCCAAAGCAGGCAGGUUCCUUAAAAGCAUUGAGGAACAGGGCAAAGGAGAAAGGGGACUGGCUAUUGGCACAGAACCUAUCACCAUCCACCCACUCUUGCUCCCAGGCAGACAGAGGGCAUCCUGUCUAGACACAAGCAGCUGGACAGCACUUUGCAACUCCCAAAUGGACCCCUUAUUUAUGUGACCUUGUGAUCUGUAGGGAGGUGGGCAGGGAGGUGGCGGCUUCUUUGCGGUGACACAGGUGGCAGCCAGCAAGCACCACUUUGAGCCUCUCCCGAAUGGGAUGCAGGUCAGCUUUGCUGGGUAAUGGGUUGUGAGACUAAUGUUUGAUCACUGUGAAUCAACUUCCUUCUUCCUGCUCCCCUCAACCCCACUCAGUCCCCAGUGGGCACUCCCAGAGACCCAGAUGACCGAGGUGACACGUGACAUCCACACUGGGCUAAAGGAGUUCCCUGUUAGUAGGUUUUUCCAGCGGUGGUCAUAUGGUCCAUGCUUCUAGAGUCACACCCAUGUGUCCUGGCGAGAGGACAUCAAACACACAGCAAUAGAUGGGGGUUCUCUGAAUAAAUGACACACCUCUCUGAAAAGCCACUGUCAUUUAAAAAAAAAAAAAAAAAACCAUUAAACUCUGUCCGGGUAUCGAAAAAGUGGGGAACCCCAGCAUGAGGUAAGUCGGCAACACGGAAGGGUCCCUACCUGCUGCUUGUCACGUCAGGACUUUGUGGCAGCUCAAGUCAGAAGCUGCCUUUUGCUAGCCUUUCGCUGGCUGGUGCAUGCCUGCAACCUUGGCGCUCAGAAGACGGAGGCAGGAAGAUCCUGAACUUACAUACCUUGUCUCAAAAAAAAAAAAAAUAAGCAGGUUAUAUACGUUUGUGUAUAGAGAUUUGUAUAACUGGUUUUUGGAGAUAGGGUCUUACUACAUAGUCCUGGCUGGCCUUGAACUAGCUAUGUGCAUCUCAUUGUCCUUGAAGCCACUGAGAUUCCCCUUCCUACGUCUCCCAAAUUCUGGGGUCAAAGGUGUGGGCCAUCUCGUGUAGUCUAGACUAAAUCUUUUGGCUUUGCUGCUACCUAAUAACCUGGGGGCCGGUCAAACCAAACUGGAAAUUCUUAUAGCUCAAAAGAGACUUGUCCAGCCUCCCCACCACACCCCAGCAACCCUCAAGGCUUCUUGGACUGAAGUCUGCUGUGUUGAGUGUAGAUAGAUCCUCAAGUCAGGGAACUGAGGCUGGAGCGGUAGCUCCAUAGUUAAGACUACUUCCCUCUUCCAGAGGACAAAAGUUCAGUUCCCGGCACCCACACCAUGUGGCUCCCAACCACCUUUAACUCCAGCUCCAAAGGAUCCAGUGCCCUCUGCUGUACGUGCUCACACAGAAGUGCCCACCUACUUUUAAGUAAAAAUAACUCCUGAGAAAAUAACUUGACUCGAGACAGAAAGAUGAUAAAAACAAUGGGUCAGGGUGGGGUGAGACAGGGGUUCCAAUCCAGCUGUGUCUCAUAUGUAACUUGGCAGUGCAGUUUCCUGGUGCCUCAAGAUGAAUCCUAGGUGUGUGAUCUACUUCUGUUGGCUUAGGUCAUGGCUCAGCAAGAGAUUUUCAGUGAUUAUACCAAGUUCGUCAGUACACAACUCUGAUCCCAGAGAAUCGGAGGCAGGGGGACGGAGUGGCCUGGGCUAUUUACUAAGACCUUAUCACAAAAACAAAAACCAGGCUAUCCUUUAAAUGGCUUAUUGGCUGUGCUGCCCACAACACUUCCCAGAAUCCUAUGUGCAUAGCCCAGUAGCCGAGAGAAUCAAACACAUCCCGGACAUCCUGUCUCAGAACUGGUGUGGCUGCAGAGUCAGACACCGGGGUUUAUACCAGGUAACCCAGGGUCAUCAGCACUUGUCAUUCUGGUCACAUUAGGGUGCUGUGGCCUCUCUCAGGAGGUGUUAGUCCUCAUCUUGCGUCUGAGGGAUGUUUUACUUCUUGGUCAGGAAUUAGGUUGUAGAAGGAUCUCUGUCACUGAUCCUAACUUUUAAUAGCUGGCAAAUGUGCUACUCUGUUGCCUUUCCAUAUCUCUGGGGACCUUGCUAGAAAAGCAAGUCUUUGGGCCCAACAUUGACCAGCCUCGCCAUCUUGGAUCACCUGUAUUAGCCUUCCAAACAGUGGGCUUUGCUUUGUCUCCACCAUCUUUGAUCAGCCUCCAAAUUGGCAUCCAACAAGGAUGAGUUUUGCCUGCUCUUCAUCCUGGUGGUAUCUGCACUCUGCUCUAACCAGAGCAGCUUUCCUCUCUCCGCCAUCUUGGAUCCUCCAUAUUGGCCUUUCAGGUUCUCAGAGACCACACUGUAACAUUGGGAACCACCAUGACAGCACUUGUCAGCCAUCAACAGUGACCCAGAAGAGCUAUUUGACUCCCAGGUCCAGCCCAAACACAGGACCAGCAAACUCAGUGAUGGAGUGCUUCCUCUCCCAGGAGCCGAAGCCAGGAAUGGUUGGUUAGACAUGACUGGAUCCAGCUGUGAGGAUAGAACCUUCCAGAAAUGUGUUUCAGGUGACCCUCAACUACCUCAGGUUUGAAGACCCUAAGUUAAAAUUCGAUUGCCACACUAGGGACAAACCGAGGGAUGUGGUUAAAUCUUGGUGAUAACCUAAAUGUCUCAAGCUUAUAACAAACUCAAACCGCGCAGGGGUGGGGUUGGUUUUUGUUUGCUUAUGCCCGCCCCUUCUGUUUUUAACCCUUUCCACUGUUUUCCAUUAGAGUAGUCCCUGUAAGCAAAUCUCACUUUUCACCGAGUGCCUACCUUCCCAGGGCAGGUAGCCACUGGCUCUUGUUUCCUCCCCCACAGGACUUUUAUUAUGGAAUGAAGACCUUUCUUUGUAUAAUGCAUUGCAUCUGUGGUUUCAUUUUUUUUUUCCCAAUAAAUAUGUCAUCCUGACUGUGGAGAACACGGGCGAAA